UCCAUGGACAUUGAGGUGGAUGAAAAUGGGACUUUGGACUUGAGUAUGAACAAGCACCGCAAGCGGGAGAGCGCCUUCCCCAGCAGCAGCAGCUGCAGCAGUAGUCCCAGCAUGAAGUCCCCAGACGUGUCGCAGCGCCAAAACAGCACCAGUGCCACGAGCAGCACCAUGACCUCCCCCCAGUCCAGCCAGACCUCCCGCCAGGAUGAAUGGGAUGGACCCAUCGACUACACUAAACCAAAUCGCCAGCGGGAAGAGGAGCCAGAAGAGUCAGAGCCUGCAGCCCAUUCUUUUGCCUCCUCGGAAGCUGAUGAGCAAGAAGUGUCAGAGGAAAACUUUGAAGAACGAAAAUACCCAGGGGAAGUUACCUUAACCAACUUCAAACUUAAAUUCCUCUCCAAGGACAUCAAGAAAGAGCUGCUCACUUGCCCUACGCCAGGCUGUGACGGCAGCGGACACAUCACGGGAAACUAUGCCUCUCACCGCAGCCUUUCUGGUUGUCCUCUUGCUGACAAGAGCCUCAGAAACCUCAUGGCUGCCCACUCUGCUGACCUCAAGUGCCCUACUCCUGGUUGUGAUGGUUCAGGUCACAUAACAGGAAAUUAUGCAUCACAUAGAAGUCUGUCAGGCUGCCCUCGUGCCAAGAAAAGUGGAAUCAAGAUAACCCCGACGAAAGAUGAUAAAGAAGACCCCGAGCUGAUGAAGUGCCCGGUUCCUGGCUGCGUUGGGCUUGGCCACAUCAGCGGCAAAUACGCGUCUCACCGGAGCGCCUCGGGCUGCCCCCUCGCAGCCCGCAGGCAAAAGGAGGGAUCGCUCAACGGCUCCUCAUUUUCCUGGAAAUCGCUGAAGAACGAAGGGCCGACCUGCCCCACACCAGGCUGUGACGGCUCAGGACACGCCAAUGGGAGCUUCCUCACUCACAGAAGUUUGUCAGGGUGCCCAAGAGCUACUUUUGCUGGGAAGAAAGGAAAACUCUCAGGGGAUGAAAUUCUCAACACAAAAUUCAAGACCAGCGAUGUGCUGGAGAACGACGAGGAGAUCAAGCAGCUGAACAAGGAGAUCAGUGAGCUCAACGAGUCCAACUCGGAGAUGGAAGCGGCCAUGGUGAAGCUGCAGUCGCAGAUCUCCACCAUGGAGAAGAACCUGAAGAACAUCGAGGAGGAGAACAAGAUCAUCGAGGAGCAGAACGAAGCCCUGUUCUUGGAGCUCUCAGGGUUGAGCCAGGCUCUCAUCCAAAGUCUUGCCAAUAUCCGCCUUCCGCACAUGGAGCCGAUUAGCGAGCAGAACUUCGAGGCGUACGUGAACACGCUCACGGACAUGUACAGCAACCAGGAGUGCUACCAGAACCCCGAGAACAAGGACCUGCUGGAGAGCAUCAAACAAGCCGUCAAGGGCAUCCAGGUUUAGCGCUGUGCGGCGGAGUGAGAAAACUGUAAGAGGAAACUUUCACUCCAAGUAUUCAGGUUUACAAGUUAGCAAACUUGUGUAAUGAAUG